AUGUCCGCCGGUGUGGCCACCCAGCUGCUGCCUUCUGGGAAGGCGCUCCCGAGCAGCUCGGCGAUGGGACGGCCCUCGGCGGCGCCUCCCGCCUCGUCAGCCGCGGGCGUUCUCGCGUUGCUCCACGAGCGAGAUCCCGCCCUGCAAGCGGCUGCACUUCACCGUCUCCUGCAAAUGAUCGACCUUUGGUGGACGGAGAUCGCCGACUACCUCGCGGACAUCGAGGAGCUGUACGAAGACGAGUCGUUCGCGGAGAGACAGCUCGCAGGCUACAUUGCGAGUCGGGUGUACUUCCAUCUGGAGGAGUACGGCGAGGCGAUGAAGUUCGCUCUCGGCUCUGGCAAAUGGUUCGACAUCACCCAAAAGUCGCUCUACGUCCAACGCAUCUUAGCCGAAUGCGUCGACACAUUCAUUCGAAACGGCCUGCGAGACUUCGCGCCCCAGCAGCUCGCCGCCGGUCGCCAGGUGUCUGUACAGCUCCCAGAAGAGGACAUGGAAGACGGCCAAGAUGCCGCCUCCUCCGCUGCGCUGAACGAAGCCGUGGAAGGCGUGGUGAAGCGCCUGCUGGAAGUUUGCACACAGGGCGAGGGCCCUCUGUACGCUCUCGGCAUCGCCUUCGACGCCAGGAGAUUGGACCUCGUCCAGGCGAUCUUUAACUCCCCCCGAGCCCGCGCUCUCCCGCCGACCGACCCGAACUCGCACUGCCAACUUAUGCUGUACUGUCUGGACCACAUUCAGACGCUCAUUUCGUCCAAGUUUUUCCGGUCACAAAUAAUCUCGCUGUUGACGGCGGAGUUCGAGAAGUGUCUUCCCCUGUACGACUUCCCGAGUGCCGCCUCGACAGCCGGCGCGGAGGCGACCAGCUUUGGUCCCGGGCGCGCCGAAGUUCGAGGCCUCGUCUACUCCGGACUCUGUCGGUGCCUCGUGGAGCGGGACGAGAGCGGUCGGGUCGCCGAGCUGCUCCAUCGACUGUUGCAGCCCCAGGAGGACCCGAGCCGCGAAGAAGAGGGCGUUUUGAUGGCUUGCCAAAUCGCCUUCGACAUCCUGCAGAUGGAGAGCCAGCCCUUCCAGCAAGCUCUGCUCGACCACCCACUCCUGCGGGCUCCAGAGCCCCCCGCGCCGGCUGCAGGAGACGCGACGGAGGGCGGAGAGACAGCGACACCAAAUGGAACGGCCUCAGACGCAGCGGUCCAGGACGAGAAGGAAGAGAAGAAGGAAGUUGAAACCGAGGCAGAGAAAAAGCGGUCGAUCGACACCCGGUCUUCUCUCCUGCAUCACGGCGUCGUCCUCAGCCACAUGCUCAUGCAAGCAGGCACCUCCUGCGAUGUCUUCCUGCGCUGCAACUUGGACUGGAUGGCUCGGGCCAGCAACUGGGCUCGGUUCUCCGCCACAGCCUCUCUCGGUGUCGUUCACAAGGGUCACGUGCGCGACAGCAUGAAGCUCCUGCGCACGUACCUGCCUGCGUCGUCGUCUGCUUCGUCUUCGCCGUACAGCGAGGGCGGCGCCUUCUACGCGCUGGGGUUGAUCAGCGCCAACCAGCCUUCUUCUUCGGUUCGCGACUAUCUCCUCGAGCAGCUGCAGGCCGCAGGGACCGCGAGCGAGCCGAGGCAGCAGGGGUGUUGUCUCGGCCUCGGUCUCGUGUGCAUGGGAAACGCAGACGACUCGGAGGUUUACGAAGCUUUGAAGCAAGUCUUGUUUCUGGACAGCGCCGUCGCAGGCGAGGCUGCGGCCUUGGGUGCGGGUCUUCUUCUCCUCGGCAGCGCGAACGCGCCCGCAGUUGCCGAGCUCCUCGCCUACGCGCAAGACACCCAGCACGAGAAGAUCCGCCGAGCCUGCGGCAUUGCGAUCGCCCUGCUCAUCAAGGAGAGCGACGCGCUCAUCCGCUACGGAGGCAUGUUCACCAUCGCCAUGGCCUACUGCGCGACCGCGAACAGCAGCGCAAUUCGCCGCCUUCUCCACGUCUCCGUCUCCGACGUCAGCGACGAUGUGCGACGUGCAGCAGUGAUCGCUCUCGGCUUCGUCCUCUGUGGAGACAGGCAGCAGCUUGCGCAAAUCCUCAAAAUCUUGAGCGGAUCCUUCAACCCCCACGUGCGGUACGGCGCGGCUCUCGCCCUCGGCAUGGCCUCUGCAGGCACGGGCCGGAAGGAAGUCGUUGAUCUCCUCCUGCCGCUUUCCAACGACUCCACAGACUUCGUUCGCCAAGGCGCCUUCAUCGGUCUCGGCUUUGUUCUCCAGCAAGUCCCCGACGCCGCAUGCAGCGAAGCCGGAGCAGUGCGCCAGCAGUUUCAACGCGUGAUCGCCGACAAGCACGAAGACGUCAUGGCGCGAUUCGGCGCCCUCCUGGCCUCCGGGCUCAUCGACGCAGGAGGACGAAACGUCGUGGCCUCGAUGUUUUCGGCCAGCGGCGUUUUGCGCCAGGAGGCAGCUGUGGGGUUUUGCCUCGCCUUCCAGCUCUGGUAUUGGUACCCGCUGAUUCACAUGGUGGCGCUGUCCUUCGCGCCUUCGGCGCUCAUCGGCCUCACCGUCUCGAGCGCCCACGCCAUCAAAAAAAAGCCCGCCAGCGCGUCCGCUUCCUCGGAGAAAGCGGGAGAGAAGGGCGAGAAAGACGAGAAGGCGAAAGAGGAGAAAGAGGAGAAAGAGAAGCGAGAAGAGGACGAGAAGGCGGCGGAAUCUGGAGAGAAGAACGAGUCUUUGGUGUCUCGCGAGGAAACGCAUGAGCCGUACGUGGCGGGUCUGAGCAAGCUGCGAGUGCCCGCAGGUUGGACGGUCGCUUGUGUGGGCGCGAAGAAGGGACAGUUUGCGUACGUGCCGUCCCUCGCCAGUCUGGAGAAGAAGGAAGGAAAGAAGCAAACCAUCAAGGCCGUGCUGAGCACCACGGCGAAACGAAACAGAAAGCUCCAGGAGCAGAAAAAGAAGGAAAACCAGGAAGAGAAGAAAGAACCCUCCCAGGAGAGCACGAAAGGCGCCGACGCCAUGGACGUUGACGAGGAGCCCGCGAAGAAGGAAGAUGAAGUGCCCAAGAAAGGCGAGGAGGCAAAGAGCAAGACAGAGAAGGAGGGAGACGACGAGGGCAAAGACGGCGCUGGAAAGGAAGUGGAGCUGAAGAAUCCGUGCCGAGUUCUGCCCCAGCAACAACCUUGCAUUCAGCUGCUGGCGAACUCGCGCUACCAGCCUAUCUUCCCUGGGCGCAAAGCAGGCUUCGUCCUUCUAAGAGAUACCCGGUCAGCACAAAAACCAGAUACUUUUGAACUCCAUCUCUCUUCUUAUAUCUACAUCUGGAUGCAUGCACAUGCAGAUAGAUGCACAUAUAAACGCGUGUGCAUAUAUAUAUAUAUAUAUAUAUAUAUAUAUAUAUUUGCGGAAGUGCAUGUGAGAGGUGGAUCGGUGGGUCUGGGCCGUGUUUGUGGAUGUGUGGCCGAAUCGAUUCGCGCGCACUUUGUUGAUAAAAAAUUCGACAGGUUUAGGGUCCCGCUGUCGCCCCUGGCUUUAGAUGUAGAUAGGUGUGCAUGUGCAUGCAGUUGUGAGGGACGCUGGAAUGGCGUUUGA